AUUCCAACAAUUGUUUCCGUUUUAUCCAAUGGAGUUAAUUUCCAGAUACAAUAUCAACUAACUUUCUGCCUGUGGCUGCUUUCAUUCAAUGUCUCGACCUCAGAGGUCAUGUCAAAACAUAAUCUGAUUCCAGCUCUUGUUGACAUUCUUAAUGAAUCGGUCAAGGAGAAGGUGACCCGAAUCAUUUUAGCCUCUUUCCGAAAUCUUAUUGAGAAACCUGAAGAUCCUGAAGUAUCUCGAGACAAUGCGAUUACUAUGGUUCAAGGAAAAGUUUUAAAACAAUUGGAUAUUCUUAAACAGGCUGGUAAUAAAUACGAAGAUCCUGAUUUAUUGGAAGAUAUUGAAUUUCUCUAUGAGAAAUUACAAUCAUAUGUUCAUGAUUUAUCCUCUUUCGAUGAAUAUUGUAACGAGAUUAAAUCAGGUCGACUGGAAUGGUCGCCAGUUCAUUCAAAUGAAAAAUUCUGGCGUGAAAAUGCCCACCGGUUGAAUGAGAAAAACUAUGAACUUCUUAAAAUAUUGAUCAAAAUUUUGGAAACUUCAAAAGAUCCUCUCGUCUUAAGUGUGGCCAUUCACGAUAUGUUUAUCGAUAUUACUUGUUUAUCUUCUCUCUUUUUUAUGUGCUGCAUCUUAACCUCAUGAUCACUUAACAGAUUUCGACUAUUUUCAUAAUUUAACU